AUGGCCUUGAAUCUGCCACAACAACCACAUCUUCUUCUAACGCUGUCUCCUAAGGCUGCGGUGCCUGCGCAGAUCGUCCCAUCAUCCCAGCAUUCACACCUGAAUCGUCUCAACCGUCUCAUCCAACGGGACAAGCCUACUGGUGGAAAGACGAAAGGAACACGGAACCAGGAAGAUGCUGCCCACAUCCCGAUGAUCGCCGUUACCCGCGACGACACGACGGCAACGGCGACGACAUGCUACAAUCGGCACGUUGACGGCGGCCCGCAUCUGGCGUUGGAACUCGAGGCGACGUGGAAUGUACCAGAUGAACGCUUCGAGCUAGCUCUUCGAGAACCCGAGGUGGGCGAGAUUACGCCGAACGGUUGA